GGCGAGUGACCGGGUCGAGGCCUGAGCUCCGGUCCUGACUCUUCUGACAGUGAUCCAUCACAGAGUCUCUCUCCAGGCCCUGGGCAGUUUGGGUCUCACGAGUCCUGUGGCUCUAUGGGAGUGUGGGGCCAUGGUGGUGCCAAGAAGCGGUUUCUGCUGCUGUGCCUUCCCUUGCCUGCCGGCAGGGGCAGAGGCUCCAGCUUGGCUGUUGUGGGAAAGGAAAUCAGACCUCUCGCUGGAUUACCUGCUUAGCAGUUAGGAAUGAAGCAGAUCCUGAGGGAGGGUGAGAAAAGGCAAUGGCGACCAGGGAAUGUCAACACUGACAUUGAUGAGGUAACCAAUAAGCAGAAGACAAGAAAAAGGAGCCAUUAGGACUAAAGAGGACACAGCUUUCCCAGAAUCCCAGCAGAAGAAUUGGGAAUAAGUGGAAGUGAACAUAUGAAGCCUGUUGGAUGGUGUAUGGCCAUUUUGGACUGAGUUGCCUCUCUUUUUGUCUGAAAUUGGCUGGUGGAAAAAUCAAACAUGAAGUCUGCAGUUUUGUUUUGCUUUGUUCUACUGAUCAUUUUUCAAACUGACUUUGGACAAAAUGAAGAGACUCCGAGGAGGCAAGGGAGGAAGAUGCGUUACAGGAGACUGAGGAAAAGCUCCUCCCCCAGCCACAGAUCAGACAGAAAGCAUGGAGGUCAGCAGAUGACAGCUACAUCAGCACCAAGGUUUCCCAUUGUUAACUUUGAUGACAGCACGGAGGACAAGUUUGAGUCCUUUUCAAGUUUUCUUGGAGUAGAAUCAAGUUAUAAUGUGUUACCAGGAAGGAAGGGGCGCUGCCUGGUGAAGGGCAUGGCCAUGCACAACAGAGCCGUGUGGUCUCCGGAUCCCUGCACCACCUGCCUCUGCUCAGACGGAACAGUGUUAUGUGAUGAGACCAUGUGCCGCCCCCAGAGCUGCCCCCACCCCAUCACACACGAGGGGGAGUGCUGCCCUGUCUGCCCCAAUGCCGUCUCCUCUCCCCUACUCAGUGACAUAGAAUUACAAGACAGAACUGCCUUUUCUGGUGAUUCUUCAGAUCAAAGAGAACCUGUCCAUUUACUUCACAAGCAACUGCCACCUGCUCAGGUGCAGACAGACCAAGGGUUAAGAAGAGAAGACCUUGAGUCUGAAGAGGAUGAAGAAGAAAUUAAAGAGGAUGAUGUGGAGCAUGAGAGAGAGACCCCUGGCCCUAGAGAUGGGGGGAAACUUCACGAGGGGCAGAGUGGAGGACAGAGGAAGCAGAGGCCUGUGGAGGAGGGGAGGCCACCAUACCAACAACAAGGUCAUGGGGAGGAGGCAGAGGAGGAAGACGAGGAAGAAGAACAAGGCGAGGAAGAGGAGAAUGAUGCUGUGAGAGGAGACAUGUUCCGAACACCCUCCAGGUCCCCACUCCCCGCGCCCCCAAGAGGUGCCCUGCGCCUGCCUGCUGGGUGCUCUUUGUCCUAUAGGACCAUCAGCUGCAUCCACGUGGACCUCAGCCAGAUCCCACCGCUGGCAGCGCCGCAGAUAACCAGUCUGGAGCUUGUCGGCAACUCCAUCACCUCCAUCCCGGAUGAAGCAUUUAAUGGAUUACCCAACUUGGAAAGGCUUGAUCUCAGCAAAAAUAAUAUCACUUCCUCAGGUGUGGGUCCAAAAGCAUUCAAGUUCCUGAAGAAGUUAAUGCGUCUGAACAUGGAUGGAAAUAAUUUGAUAGAGAUUCCUUCAGAAUUACCAUCUACAUUAGAAGAACUUAAAAUCAAUGAGAACAAUCUCCAGGGUAUUGAUGAAGAGAGUUUAUCAGGCUUAAAUCAACUGGUCACCUUAGAAUUGGAAGGAAACAAUCUUAGUGAAAUAAACGUCAAUCCUUUGGCUUUUAAACCUUUGAAGAGCCUAUCCUACCUGCGUCUGGGAAAAAAUAAAUUUAGAAUUAUACCCCAGGGUCUUCCAGCUUCUAUUGAGGAAUUAUAUCUUGAAAAUAACCAAAUUGAAGAAAUAAGUGAAACUUGUUUCAAUCAUACCAGAAAGAUCAGUGUUAUUGUCCUACGUUAUAAUAAAAUAGAAGAAAACAGAAUUGCUCCUUUAGCUUGGAUAAGUCAAGAGAACCUGGAAUCCAUUGACCUGUCUUACAACAAACUCUACCAUGUGCCCGGACACCUGCCCAAGUCUCUACUUCACCUGGUACUCAUGGGGAAUCAGAUUGAACGCAUCCCAGGCUAUGUGUUUGGUCACAUGGAGCCGGGCCUGGAAUACUUGUAUUUGUCAUUUAACAAACUUACUGAUGAUGGCAUUGACAGAGUCUCAUUCUAUGGGGCAUACAAUUCCCUAAGAGAGUUAUUUCUGGAUCACAAUGAUUUAAAAUCCAUACCACCGGGGAUACAAGAGAUGAAAGCACUGCAUUUUCUGAGGCUCAACAACAACAAGAUAAGGAAUAUUCUUCCAGAACAAGUUUGCAUUGCUGAGGAAGACGGUGACUCAAUGCUGGAACAUCUUCACCUUGAAAACAAUUAUAUCAAAACUAGAGAAAUACCAUCCUAUGCAUUUUCAUGCAUAAGAUCAUAUUCAAGUAUUGUUCUUAAACCACAAAAAGUCAAAUAAUUUCAAGUUUUCCCAUCACCAUUUAUAAAUUUUACUCAUAUAUCUGCAGUAGUAUCAUUUGUCAUUAAUGAGAGACAUAGCCUUCGUGUUAUAUUAAGUAUCACAUUGCUGGUCAAAUUAAUUUGCCAACCCUCUGACAAACAACCAAAAAUUUACAUCUAGGCAUUUUAGUGGAGGUAAAAAUGCUCAGUUUCCCCACUCAACCAUCUGAUAUUAGCCAGGAGAAUCUGGAAUGAAUAAGUACAUCCUCUGUAAUUGCCAAAACAUCCUGUGUAAAGUUAAAUAUUACUGCAAUGUUAAUUUCCUAGCUUUAUCAUUGCACUGUGGUUAUGAACACUAUUAAUAUUAAAGUAAGCUGGUAGAAAGUUAUAUAUAUAUUCUAUAUUACUUUUUAAGUUUUGUAAUUGUCAAUGUAUUUUAAAUAAACAGUAUUUUAAGAUCUCUCAUUUUUUAUUCAAGAUAAAUAUAUUAUGGAAAGCAGUAGUUAAAAAUACAAAUUAAACUAUUCAGGUUGUGAUCCUGUUAAUGUAAACCUAGUGCAUGAAUUUUUGGAAAUUCUUGAUACAGUGGUCAUAAUUAGCAUUUAUUUCUUCUGCCCUAAUUUGCAGUAAUACAUCUUUUUAUUCAUUUUAAUCAACACAAAGGCAUUAGUAUUUUCUAUGUACUGGCACUACCAAAUGACACAUUAAAAUCUUCAUUGCAUAAUGAUCAUAUCUUUGUAUUGCUAACUCAAUUGAUAACAAAAAACUAUGCUGGUUUCUUAUGAAGUUCCUAUAUUCGUCUGUGGGCAGAGUUCUCCAAUUUUCAGGGUCUAGUUACUUAAUCUUUUGAUAGUUCCUGUACCACUCUAAGAAAUCUCUUGUCCCAUUUUAUAGGACAGUUACAGGAUUCAGAGAAGAACAUAAAUCAUUUUGGAAAAUAUGAGUGUACUCAUUAUCACUAAUAUUCAUGCAAAGCUGAGAGAAAUCAGCAUAUCCAACCACCACUGAUUACAUGGGUAAAUUAAAGAUGUGAAAAUGUGACUUACCCCAUUUGAGCCAAUGUUAUUUCUGAGCCCCUUUCUUAACACUUAGGAUUCUGAGACUACAAAAUGAACAAGAAUAAUAUGGGA